CCUUCUGGUUCUCUUGCCUCCGCCCCCACUACUGUUCUUUGGAAUGAUUGGCUUCAAUGGUAACAGUCUAAAACCUGCUGAUUGAUAAUUAAUUAAACAGGCUGGGGAGGAAAAUUGUGGGAGGUUGCAGUUGUGUGGGAAAAGAAAGAAAUGAAUACUGCAACAGAAGGUGGUCCAUACCCCCCAAACCACAGAAGGCCCUUCUACUACACACAACCAACAAUUCAACGCCCUCUCCCCAAUCUGUGGUACAUGAAUCAUGCCUACAGCCCGUUUAUCAUUCAAGGCCCAGGCUUUCGUGCUGGGAAUCCUUAUUUUCCACCUUUCGCAUUCCCUUUGCAGGAAUAUCCCAGUUAUGUUUUUUCACAGCCUCAGGUGCCACAAGGGGGCUAUAGAAGACCAUAUUUUAAUCCCCACUUUCCUGCUCCACUGUAUUAUCAUGCAACAAGAUUCCGACAUUAUAGCUGUCCAGCUAAAAAAAUGGAGACAAAAGAAACACAGACUGAUCCAAGGGAAGCGGGAAAAAUGAACCGGUACCAAUCCCCACAUGUGGAUUUAAAUGUUUAUGAUGCAAGAAAUGUAGAGGGAGCUGAAUCUGGGAUUGAAUCUGUAAAUACGAGUGUGUCAGCUAAAGCAGAUGACUCAUUACCAGUAAGUGAACAAAUUCGAGGCCUGGUGGAAGAUAGCCCUCCUAAUUCACCAGAAUACAAGGAAAUGCCUCUUGGAAGUUUUGCUUUUGAGAAGGAAGAAGUCAGGAUACAGUAUGCAAAUGGUACACCUACAAUACAGCUCUGGAAUUCUUACGAAGAAACAAUACCAAUCUAUGAUGCUUCAAGUAGUAAACCAGAUAACCUGGUUCAGAAGGUCCACUCCUGUGAAGGAGUUGUACUUGGUCCUCAUUAUGAGAAAGAAGAAAGUGUUUUACAUAACUCAUGUUCUGAAGUACACAAAGAUGAGCAAGAAACAUUUGUUCCUUCAGAUGUAUGUCUAGAAAGAGACAGUCAAGUGCUUCUUGGAACAGAGAAAGGGAUGCAGCAGCUGGCAAAUCAAAAUAUGAAACCAAAGGCAGAUAGGGACGAGGAAGUAAAGGUAAAGCUGGAUGCAAGAAAAGAGAACAAAGAUAUGAAACAUGUGGAUUCAAGUGAGGCUCGGACUGUAAGACAAGACCAUAAAUCAAUCUGCAAAGUAUCCAUAAGCUCCAAGAUAACUCCGCAAGAUGCCGACACUAGCAAUGAAGAAAAAUGUGCACCUAGCACUGAGGAAAUGGAUACGAGUCCACAUGACAAAAGCCCAAACACUAAUGACAGUUUGCUACAAGAGAAUAACAGUAAUUUAUGGACAGAUUCCUUUGAAACCUACAUGCCUUCUGAAAGUUGGCUUGCUUGUUUUGAUAAUAUGGACACAGAUUACAAUUAUGAAAUGUAUCUUCAAAAACGGAAUCAAAAACAUCAAAGUAUCCUCAGUUUUACUUCAGAUGAAAUGUCUUCCAGAGAUGAGGGAUCCUCAAUGGAUAGUUCUUCAGUAAGACCAACAGUAGCAUAUUUUGUACCUAGCUUUAUGUUAAAAAAGCACAAAAGCUCACUUGGAAGUAAUGAUGUGUUAAACUGUUUGGAAAAAGAUAGGGUUAAAAGUAGUGGAGCCAUUAACAAAGAUGAAGGUAUAGUACCAAGAAAGCUAACCAGUGCUGCAGGCAGCUGCUCUCAUGUUAGCUGGAAUUUUAAAAAUCCUCAUGCAGAUUUUAAGCUUUGUAAUGAAAACUGGAAACAGACUAGCUCCUCUCUAGCAUUUCAUGGAAAACAGAAAUGUUACACAAAGAAAACAAAAGGAUCUUCUUUGUCUGAUUCAGAGCAGUACCAUAUAGAAGAGGAAGAUGGAGAUGAAGAAAAUGGACAUGAGUAUGAAGAAGAAGAUGAUGAUGAUGAUGACGAUUUUGAUGAUGAAGAAUAUUCUUGUGAAGAAACUGUUGCAUUGUCAAAGUCAGUCCCCACUGCAAGUUGCUAUUUAAAGCAUCCUUACCAAAAACUGAUUAUUUGUCGACAGCCACAUGGUUCAAUACACUUGCCACAUCAAACAGUUAAGGCAAAACUGCACAGAAAUAAAACUACAACUAUUGAGAGGACAGGCAAUGAUGACUGGCUGGUACAGGAAAAGCAGCAAGCCUUUACUUAUGACAAUUAUAGUGACCCUGAUCAGAACAGGCUGUUAAAAGUGGACAAAAAGCAAAAAGAUGCAAGAGAUGCCAAGAAAGUAAUGCAGAAGUUCUCAGGAGGGAGGAUCCAAAAGGAUACAGCUGAGGUGGUGGGCGAUGAAAACUGGACUAAAUAUGGAGCAAAGCCAAAGCUGUCUGAGCCACCAAGAAAUGUUGAUCCUGCACCCAAAAUCAAAGACUCUGCUAGACCACCUAAAUCCAGCAGAGGGUUUUCCCAACCAUCUUCAAAAUUCAGACCCACAAGAAGCGACUGCGAACGAUCUGAAAUACAGGAAGAUCCAAAGUUUAAUGCUAAACGAGAGCAAAGCAAAAGAAGAGGCGCAAACAAAAGAAGAUAAUCGACCAAUAUUUUUUUACAACAUAAAUUAUUGUAUAAAUUUGGUGAUUUCACUUGAAUAUUCUUUUUUGUUCAAACUGAUUGUGUUGUAUAUUCAGAAAGCACCCCUAAUAUUAAGACCUGCACUGGUAUUGCUGUCAGCCUUUCUUCUGCACGGGGAAAUUUGAAGAAAAAAAAAAUGAAACCAAUGUCACGAGGGAUUAUAUUAAGAAUAUGUGAAGAUAAUGGGUCUAAUAUGUGCACUUAUCCUUAAAGCACUUAAAUUAUUGUACAUUACACAACCACUGCAUGGAGAUAAAAUAAAAUAAAAAUACUUUCACUGUGAAUAUAGUCGGCAUUUUAAUUGUAAUAAGAUAAAACCUUUUGAAUGUUG